UUUCGAGGGAGGACGAGUACCCAAGUAAUAUGCUACAUUCGUCUGGCAGCCAACCAGCACCUACGAGGGAAAGUAAGUAAGUAGUCACUCUUCUUCUGUUGAAAAAUCGUCGUCCCCGAAAUUAUAUUAAAAAUGACCGGCCGGAAUACAGCGAGCCUGUGCAGCUUUCUCGUUCUCGUUCCGGGCCUUCUCCAGGACGUGCGCGCGGAGUCUUCCAGCACGUUACUGGGGCGGUUUUUCGGCAUGGAGAGCAAGCGAACCGCCCGGGACGUUUCGGCCUGUCCGGGCGAGGGCGGCAGGUACGGGGACUACAAGUGUAAUCACGACUCUACCCAUCGAGUGUGCGCAAAGCUCGUGGAGGGAACAGUAUAAUAUUCUGAGUUGUAAAUUGUUCUUGUUGAUCUUGAUCAAGAUGAAAUUGAAAAAGCAAAAGGUUUCUCACAAAACCUUGGGCUUGGCCAGAUUCAUUCGUGGUAAUGAUUGUACAGCGUUUAUUAUUAUUACUUCGUUCCUUAUGCUGCAACAGUGUGGGCUUCCUUAGUCCUUAUCGUAAUCGUUUUCUACCUUUUUGACUUUCUCUUAUGAGAUCCUCUUUUGUUUAUCAGGGAGGCAGCUGCGCCGCCAAGAACUGGGGGAGCUCGGAUUUCUGGAGUAUCACUGGGCAGCCGUCCUGGGCCGAAGACAUCUGCGGCAAUACCGCGAACCCGGGGGACUCCUGGUGCAUCUGCAUGUGGGCCUACGCGACGCUGAUUGGGGAAGUAUUUUUUCAUUUAGAAGUUCAGUUCCUUCGUCGAGAUUAUCAGAGAUGAAUCGCUAUAUAUUUUCUUUUUGUGGAUGUGGAUUGGAUUUGUCACUUCACUUCACUUGCUUCGUCUAUUUUGCAAAUGCAGCUCCGUCAUUUAAUAUAUAUGGAAAGUGGGCAGUGAGACUACUUAGAAAUGAUAAAAGCAAUGAAACCCACAUCGCAAAAAUGAAAACGAAGGUUGGGUGUGACAACGCGCCGGUGACCUGUGCCGGGACGGACGUCUCCUACGUGCUCCAGCAGUACAAUGACAACGGCGUGGACCUCGCGGCGGCGCACGACUGCUUGAAGUCAAAAUGCGGCAACUCCACCUCUUCCUCCUCGUUGCUGACCUCCAGUCGCAAGCUUUUGCGGGCGGUGAACGACACGACCGCAGCGGCACCAGCUGCGCACGCCGCGACCCCCAGCACAUCCGCGUCGGGCCGUGCGGCGGCCGGGCAUGCGAGGAGCGCGGUGGACUUCGUCGCUUCUACAGACGAGGGGACGAUUUCCAACGCGGUGAAACACGCCGACUCCGAUCCCGUCGCAGUUGCUGCGUAGAGCGGUGGCCUGUGCACGAGGACCAACUGGCUCCUGAUCGCGUCGUCGCGUGAGACGAUGCACGUGAGUAAUGGAGAAUUUGAAUUUGCGACAGGCGCGCGCCACGCUUCUAUUUCUGUUGAUAGUUGUUGCGAAAAAAUAAAAAUUUCGCUCGCAAUGUGAGUGAGUAGAAGUUCGAUAUUCUCAGUACAAAACUUCUGACCUGAUGAUAGAUUUACAAUUUAUGAUUUGAAGAUGAACCCAAAGCGUCUCUGGACGCCGUUGUAGUCGACACGGAUGAGUCUUCUCUAUACUGAUUGAAAAGUUAUUAUUGCCCGCUAAUUGGGUAGUAAUAGUAUUUCGUACGGCCGAAAGGUACCUUUAUUUGCAGAAUCCUGAAGCAAUUUGUUACAAUUUCUAUUUCGCGCGUCCGUUGUCCACGGAUAGUAUCUGAAUCGUGAAAGUAAACAUCAAUCUUUGACCAUACGAGAAGAACCACUUGGUGCUGCCGCUCGAUGGAAAAGCGUCGGGUACAGGCAGCACUGGCAAAGAUUUGAAUUGUGAAGAACAAAAAGAACGACCCGAGCAGCUUUACGACGCUGAUACGGGCGCACUUAACUUUUGUAAUUACCUAUGAUGAUGAUGUAGUUUUUAGGUUCACCACCCCGUCGACCUUCCCCGCCCUGCAAUCAGAAUCGGUCUACUUGAUCGCGAUAAGCAUUAAAAGCUGUAAUUUCGGGUGAUGGAAAUACAAUUUGUAUGCGAUGUGAGUUACUAUACCUUCUCCGUCAACUACAUCCAAAGUGAAGAACCCAAUCUGGCGAUUGAUGCUAAUGUACUCAUUUGGAAACUUUCUCAAAUAAAUCAGCGUUCUUGAAGAUAUGUCAAUUGACCAGAUCAUUAUGUAAGAAUUCGUCAAGAUGUAGAUGUAACUAAAGUAUAUAUAAUGUUUGUGAAGUCUGUGC